AUGUCUAGUAACAAGGGUGGUUAAAAUAUGAGUAUUAGAAAUAGUAAUAAUGAUCGGAAAUUGGAAUAAUUGGAAAGUAAGUAAUAUGAAUGUAAAUUAAGUAGUCAAAUAAAUUAAUUAAAAUAAUAAUGCUAGAUUUAACUAAUUGUUAUAAUUGUGGAAAGAACAUGACAUACCUGAAUGUCAUUAAAAUUACUACUAUAAUGUGUUAUUGGAACAUUAGCACUAAGCUGAUGAAUUAAUCAGGAUUGAAAUUGAUAGCAUUACAAAUAAUAAAAGUGUGGUCAAAACAUUAUAUCAACUUACUAUCGGAAGAGAAAGGUGUCUAAAAGAAAUAUCUAGAGCUAAACAAGGAAACUUUUCAGAUUUUUUGAAAACAAUUUCUAAAUUUAUAUAUGAUCUACGUAAACUAACAUUAAAUCUAAUGGAAUUUCAUAGGAAAUGGAAAAACUCUCUGAAUUCUAAGUUCAAUUACAACUAUAUUUGGAGAAUCAAAGAUCGUAAUUAUUUGCACUAAAUAAUGGACGAUCACAACUUUAUACAAAAUCAUCAUCCUAAAAUGAAGGAUUAUUUCUAGUUUAAAGAUUCAGAUAUAUUCUAUUUAAGUGUUGUGAGAUAAGCAGAAAAAGAUGAAUAAUAAUUGUAUGAUCAUUUGAUAAAACACAAGAUGGAUAAGAAAUACAUUAAUAAUAUGAUAGAUCUUUAAGAAUAUUUUAAUAAGUAGAUAAAUGAUUAUAGACCACUCAAUUUUCAUAAGUAAUCUUAUGAAAAUUCAAAUAUAGAUCAUGUAGGUUCACCUGGUUUUUCAUGUAAAAAUCCUAUUAACUUGUCUAUUUAUGCAAGUAAAGUCAUUUAUACUGCAGAGGAUUUUUAGUUUAAUUUAGUGUCAUAUCCAUUUAAGGAUUUGGAAGCAAUCUUAGAGAAUUGGUCUACAAAUAAUGUUUAAGAAUUAAAUGAAAGUUUUAAAUAUCCUAUAACUCAUAUAAAGGAUCUAUUAAUGUAUUGGUAAGAAGCUGCAAUAGUAAGAAUCAAUGAAAAUGGAUUAAUAAUAUGUUCAAUAGAUUAAGAUUAUUAAGGAAGAAGGUGGAUAUUACAUUAAAUUUAUCUUCAUAAGGAUCCCUAAUGGCAAUAGAAAUUUACUAUAAUAAUCCAACAUUUUAUCAAGAUGUUGAUAAAAUAAGGGGACACUUUCACAUCAUUGGCUAUUUGUUGUAGUAAUGAUUAAUCUAUCAAAAAAGUAUUGAUUGAUCUGAAAUUCAUAUUCUCAAAGAAUAUAACUUAUAAUAAAUUUAAUGUGGUCAUUUACGAAUAAAAAAUUUAAAAUGUUUAAUAACAUAUGAGUAGAUAAUACUUCGCUCCUGUAACUUUGAAAAUGCUUAGAAUUUAUGCAACAUAAACAGAAUCAACUUUAAUAACAAAUGAGGAAUUACUUAUUGCUUAAUAUUGUGCAAAUAUUGGAAAGAAUACAAUCAUCUAAUUUGAAAAUAAUAUAUUGGCUUUAUCUCCAUAUCUCAAAGUAAUAAAUUAAAUAAUCUAUUAGAAAUUAUAUGGUUUAUAGUAUAUGUUAAUUUAGAAACCAAAUGAUAUUAAGAAUAAAUACCAAAUUGAAUUUAGCACCCCAAUUUAGACUCCAGUAUAUUUUCAAUUAUUCAAUGUGAGACUCCAUUUUAAAUACUUCAGUAGUGAGUUCUAUCGUAACAACACUUAACCAUAUCUUCGACUGAUUGCUGUAAUUAAAAUGUAUUUAUUAUCUAGCAUCCAACUAUGAAUGAAUAAGAACCCUCCAUUCUUUAAUUAAGUUCCUCAGAAAUCUCUAAUAGUAUGAUUUAUUUGAUCUCCACAAUUGACCCAUUUAUUAAAAUGUAUUAAAUUACAGUAAAAUAAUAGAUUCAUUUAGGAAGUCUAACCUAAUUAGAUAUCUAAAUCUAAUAUUCAAUCUUUUAUCAACUAAACUUUUGAAAAAUUUGAUAAAAAAUAAGAAUGCCAAAAUCAUGUCUGGCUACCUCAAUUUAAAUGUUGUGGAAAGUAACUGAAAUUAAGUGAUACUAAUAUCUAGGCUUAUUUUCAAAAUGACACCUAUUUAUCUGUUAUGUAUCCCAGAAAUCCAUCAUUGCAUACAAACCAAUACUUUAAUGAUAACGAUAAAAUAAUCUAACCUCCAUUUCUUUUCGGUAUUAUUCAAAGUGAUCUUGAAAAAAUAAAUAAACCAUUAUUUUCCAUUCUCAUAGACAAAGAACAUAUCAUUAAAAUAUCAGAAAAAUCAACUAAUAAUUUAUCUCAUAUUACUUCACUUUAAUUAUAACCUAAAGAAUUUGAGUCUGUAUUUUAAGAUUUGUUGAGAAACUCUGCUUAAGAGAUUAAGAAAUCAUUUUGUUCUGAUCCUGCUGUUCUUUUGUACAAAUUUAAAUAUUCCCUCGAAUGUUCACUAAUUAAUCUUAACAUUGGUCAUGCACUUGUUUAUGUUGAUGAGAAUCACAUUUUAGAGAAGAGAUGGAUUAUAGAAACAGUCAUGAUUAAUAAUUUAACAAAUUUAACACAAUUACUCUCCAAAUUAACUGAAUAUAUUUUCACAAUAGAUAAUUCAGCUAAUGAAAUACAAAUUAUUUAAGUAAGACAUCUAAAUACAUCUAGAUACAUUACUAAGAAUAAGAUCAGUUGAUUGAAAAUAGAUUUAUAAUGGAAUCAAUCAAAAAUGCUAAAUUUCGAUGGCGAUAAGUUGAUAAUGAUGCCAAAACCAAAAUCAGAAAGACCAUAUAUUAUCUUAAGCGACCCAUCUAAGACUAGUAUUAUGUUUAUUUAAUUUAUUAUCUAGUCCCAACAAAACACCCAAUUAAGUUUCUAUUUAAUUAAGAAAUUACUAUGCUACUUAGUAAAGUGAAGAAAGAAAUCAAAUCUAAAAUCAUUUAGAAUACCUACAUUCUUCUAAAGAAUAUUAAUUCUUUGAAGAUUGCUUCUAAUGUCAUCUUCAUGGUCAGGUUCCUGAUUCCAAUUCUUUCCUAUAAAAGAAAUUAUAAUCUAUUUAGGGUAGGUUACCUAAUACAGAAUUCUUGAGUAUUCACACUUUAGAUGAGCUUAAAACCUAAAUCAAAUUCUCUAUUAAUUUACCUACUUUUGAGAAUAAAUUUGAUAAGGUACAUUAUAAAAUUAACAAUUAGUUUGACUUACUUUAAAUGAUUAUUUAAUUAAAGAUUAAAAAGUAGAGAUAGGUGAUUUAUAAAGAUAAGAAAUACCUUGAAAUACCUAAUUUUGAUGGAUUACAAUAGAUAUUUCAGUCAGAAAAUUAUCAAUUGAAUUAAAAGAUUUUCUUUAUUGCUACUUAAGAUCCACUCUAUUUCAUGUAUUUUAUUGAAUUGGCCAAUCCAACUUUGAUUGAACAAAUUAAUUAGGAUUAACAAAGUAUAGUAAGUCAGGUUUCGCAAGUACAUAUAAUAUUUCAACAAGGCCUUCGUAACUAAAUAUUCAAGCAGUCUAUAAAUAGUGUGGAUUGAAUAAUUUUACAAAAUCAUUCACUUACACCAAAAACAGAAUUUCUUAUAUAUUGAUUUUGCAUUGAAUUCCUAAUUUUCAAUUGAGUAAACAAUGAAAAUUGAAGAAGAUCCAAAUAGAUAAGAAGAAAUCUAUAAGAUUAAGUUACCUAUGUAUUGUGGACUAUUGAAUAUGAAUGUGAGAACCCAAUUUGAACGACCAAUAAUUGGAAUGUUAAUUGAAUGA